AUGCAGAUUAUCGAUUUACAGACGCAACUUGAACAACUCGCCGCGCAAAAUGAGUCGCUUGAAGUCGCCAAGUCAAAGGCUGAAGAGACGCUGCUUGCUGCCCAGCACCAACGCCAAGUGGACGAGCAGCUCGUGCAUGAAGAAGUAGAAGCACGUGACCGAGAGAUUCACCAAAGAGACAUCGACAUUGCGCAAUUGAAGGAUACGCUGAAGCGACUACAAGAAGAGAUUGCACGGCUGAAAGAGCUCAACAACGCACUGACCGAUGCCAACCGCAGGCAGAUGGUCCACGAGCAAUGGCAAACCUCGCAACGAGAGCUGGAAGACCUUCGUCAGCAACACACUCGAAUGCAACAAGGGUUGGCCGAGGCAGUCCGCGACGAAGUCGGCGCAGCCCUGGAUCAGCGCAACGCCGAGAUUGAUCGCCUGAAUGCAGAACUUGCAUCUGCACGCGAGCAAAUCAAGAGUCUGCAGAAGCAGAUCCUCGCUUCCAAGAAGCCCAGCGAGAGCUUCCUCACGGUUCGUGAUGAAGACUAUUUCGACAGCGCAUGCCAGCAGCUGUGCCAGCACGUCCAGCAGUGGGUACUGCGAUUCUCCAAGUUCUCCGACACUCGGGCAUGCCGUCUCUCGUCUGAGAUCUCAGCCGACACCAGGCUGGACCAAGCAACGCGGCAGAAAAUCGACACCCGUCUCGACAAUGCCGUUCUGGACGGUUCGGAUGUUGACCUACUGCUAGCAGACCGUGUGAGACGACGAGACGUUUUCAUGUCACUCACAAUGACGAUGAUCUGGGAGUACGUGUUUACCAGGUACCUGUUUGGCAUGGACCGAGAACAGCGACAGAAGCUCAAGUCUCUGGAGAAGACAUUGUCGGAGAUUGGCCCACAACGCGCCGUGGCCCAAUGGCGAGCCAUCACACUUACGCUGCUCUCGAGGAGAGAGGCAUUCAUGCAGCAGCGCGCCCAAGACACAGAAGCUGUUAUGCAUGAGAUUUACAGCACGCUCUCGACGCUCCUCCCGCCGCCAUCCAAUCUCCAAAAGCAGAUCCAGGAGUCUCUGCGCAACGUCAUGCGCCUGGCUGUCGACCUAUCCAUUGAGAUGCGGACCCAGCGCGCAGAGUACAUCAUGCUGCCGCCACUGCAGCCAGAGUACGAUACCAACGGUGAUCUCGUGGCAAAGGUCACGUUCAACGCCUCUCUGAUGAACGAACGAUCGGGCGACACGACGUCAAACGACGAACUCCAGGCACGUAAUGCUAUAGUCAAGAUUGUGCUGUUCCCACUGGUCGUCAAGAAGGGUGACGAUUUCGGAGAGGGUGAGGAGGAGAUAGUGGUAUGUCCUGCACAGGUGCUUGUGCAAGGGUCAAGAGCCAAGAAGAUGGUACGAGUAACGAGCGGCGCCAUGUCGAUCAAUCGUCCCGAUUCAAGAUCAAGCCGCAACAGUCGUGUCAUGAGCGUUGCUCCGCCUGAGAGCACCAUUAUGGACUAUGAGCAGGGCGGCAACAUGUUUUAG